GCUGAUGUUGGACGACACUGACAGGUGCAGUAUUCAUAUCUUAGACGGAGAUUUCAGCUUCUUUCAUUCAGCCGCGCGCCACCAUGACGCACACCGCUCGCCUUGUUACCGUCAUCUUAACGUCGACACUCCUGGGAUGGGCAGCUGCAGAAGACUCGCUCCUCUGCACCUGGACCAAGGUUUUGCCUAACGAAGAGGCGCACUACACUUUCCUCCGGCAGGGCUCCUCGUCGCUGCGGCUGUACCACAGCGCCUGGUCCGCGGGGCGCACGCUGCUGCGCUGUACGUGGAGCGACGACGCAGCGGUGACACACAGCUACCUCUCUCUGUGCCGGGAGCGCCCGCGGCAGUUUACCGAUCAUCCAAAUGUAAAUGUCGAUUUCAAGUCCAUGCUAGAGGCAGAGGAUGUGUGCGUGUCUCUGGCUUCUCCAGGUAUGGCCCUGCAAGUGGAGCGCGCAGGGAAGAGGCCGGUGAGGAGCGUCGGUGGUCUCCCAGCGGCUGAGCAGAGUCAAGGUCAAGGUGAAGGGCCAGAGGUCAGGACCCAUCGGCGACUGAAGCGCUCCUUCACUGUGCCCGGGACUCUGUGGUGCGGCUCUGGGAACAAGGCGCCGUCAUUUGAAGAUUUGGGGGUUUUCACGGACACAGACAGCUGCUGCCGGGAACAUGACCAGUGCCAACACUCCAUCCCGUCCUUCCACUCAGACUUCGGUGUCUUCAACAGCAACAUCUACACCAUGUCUCACUGUGACUGUGACAACAGGUUUCGCCGUUGCCUGCAGGACGUGAAUGACAGCAUAUCUAGUGCAGUGGGAUACACCUUCUUCAACCUGCUGAAGAUACACUGCUUCGAGUUCGCCCACCGCCUCCAGUGUACACAGAGGAACUGGUUUGGGAUGUGUAAAGAGACUAAAAUGUCUCUGUAUGCUGAGGUCCAUUCAUCCCCACUGUAUGAGCCCGCUAGUCCAGCAGAGCUCAGCAUGAACAGCACCAGCUCCACCGACAACACUACCGCGCCGGCAGAGCUCCCUGAGAGCAGCGCGUCACACCCACAGCUCCUGUCCAUCACAGCCCCGACGCCCUCUGCCUCCGUCACUCCUGCUACCGAUGUCACCACCUCCACAGGCACUAACAUGUCGGGGAGACCCACAGGAUCGACGCCCGAGAGCAGGGAUGAGUUGAUGAACACUUCACCCGCUAAAAACCAAAGUGUGUCUGAGCUGAACGCUCACAUCACAGAGAAGCAGCUGUUUUGUGACGUCUACAAGGUUCUCGAUGAGUGCAGGAACAAGAUCCUUCCCCAGCAGAGGAGAUACGGCCUCCACAACCCAGAGCCCAGGACGCUGUACCACUGCAACUGCACUGCCAGGUAUUUCCAGAGCUUGACCAAACAGGGACAGCUGACUAAAGUGCAGGCUCUUCUGCUGGAGCAUGUGUCUCAGUCCUGCUUCCUGUCCCAGGACUGCACAGCCGGCAGCAGCUGUACAGCUGUUCUGGUGGAGGCAGAGCAUCCUCAGCUGAAUCAUGGCAGUGGCGAAGAGGUGGAGGAGCAGCGCCACCUGCAGGCCGUUAGCCUGAAGGUCAGGAGGCCGGACAGCAUGACGGCCAGAGGAAAAGGCCGAGCUGUGAGGCUGGACAAACUGUGUGUCAGGCUCAUGAACGGCGCCGGGAGACACAAUCAGACUCCACCUGGGCCGGCUGCAUGAGGAGCAGCGCCCGCCUCAGCAGCGCCUGACUCAGCAGCGCCCGCCUCAGCAGCGCCCACCUCAGCCCUGAGGCGUUUCAUAUGAAAUGAAUAUAGACACAGCAAAGUGAAAUUAGUCAUCACAUGAAUAAGAACUGACAAAAUGCUAAUAUGUCCAUGAGACUGUGGAAUAAUCCAAAACAUUUUCACAUUGAUAUGUUUGAUUCAACAUUUCCUUCGUCCAAAGUUUGUUUUUAUGUCACAUCCUUUUUCUAAACAACGUUUUAUUUGAUGUCACUUUUCUUCACCUGUCGUUCAAGACAAACGGGGCUGGAGCCAGUAAACAGACUGUUUGGUCUGAAUCACCGGACACAUAAAGCUGAUUUAGUUCAGUGUCAGACCAACAAAACACAACAGUUCUAAGAAGAAGAUGAUAAAGUGUAAAUAAAUAAAAACUUCUGGAGGUAAAUUAAAAAAAGAAAAAUCCUGCGCUAAACUUUGUAUUUGUGAAAAGCAGGAUGAGAAAGCAUUUAAUGAGCUGAGUGUCAAAGCUGAUGAUUUCAUGGUUAUAUUUAUCUGCAUGUAUUUAUUUAAAGACAAACACCUGGGGCCCCUGUUCAGUACUCUUGUGUUAUAUACUACAGUAUUUUAUUUGUACUGGCCACAGGAGGGCGGUUUAGGCACCAACUCAACCACUUCAUAGCAGUGUUUGGCCUGUCAGAGCAGGGCGAGCACAGACGGGGGUAACUGAUAACUGAACUAGUCACUAAUAAAGCUAAUGGCGACUGGAUUUCACUCAGUCCACUGUAAUGACCCACGGGGACAGCGGGUCCACCUGAGCCGUCGCUGAAAGGAUCAGUUACACCUGUACUUUUCCUGCUGUGACAAAUCGAGACAUCUGCCAUGAAAAGAAUCUGUUUGAUACUGAGAAGAAGGAGGAGGUCAUAUUUCUAUCGCUGUUUGUUUCUUAAGGUCACUUUGUUGUUUUUAUGUUUUAAAGGAGCUGGGUUUCCUAUUGAAACAUGUUUGUGCUGUAGAGUAGUGACACGUGAUGUUCUCCUGACCUCGGUGUGUCUGCAGUCCUGCUCGCUGUGGUCACUGAGGCCGACGCUUCAACGCUCAGCGUUCUGGCCCACAUGUGUGGGUGGCAGCGCAGCUCGUCGACACACGUUUCUACCCUCCAGUCUAUGUUCAGUAACCCACAGAGUGAAAACAGGUUUUUAGACAUUUCUGCAGAUGUAUUAAAAUUCAAAAACUGAGCUCUCUCCCUUCCCAAAGUCUCCAGAGUCUUUGCUGUGGCUUCACACUGUGCUCAGGUGUCUCCUGUGUGAGAUGAGUCCAGACCCUGACUGGAGUCCACCUGUGGCAAACUGGGCCCACUGGACACAGUGUAGACAGACACACACCUGUGUGUCCAGGGGAUCUCUGUGGACUCUGUGGUCAGACUGUGGUGAGGCCAGGGAAUCAAACCACGUCUGAAGCUCUGAGCGUCCCCGUUCAGUCGGGCCUUUAUGGAUGGAAGCCACUGAGUGAAAGGCUGAUGGAGCUGGAGGUUGUCUCACUACUUCUAGAGGAUGAGAGCAGGACUGCUGCUGUGCCGGACUGUUUCCUGGCCAGGGGCAGAUCCCUGAUGAGUGUGUAACCAACAGGAUCCGGUGUGUGGUAGAAGGGUAAUGCAGUCAGACAGGAGCUCCAGGCUUUUCCACACAGACACGUUUCCCAAAACUGUUUAUUUAACAUGUAAAUGUGGGUUUUAAACACACUGUGUAACUAACUAGCUUCCUGCCAUCUAAAUGUUUAAUUGUUGAUUGUUUAGUUGUUGUUUUGUUUGGUAACCUA